AGCCACAACACGCUGCAAAAACAGGAUAUCAGCUUGUGUCAAAAAGAUCGGAGGAGGUUUUGAGGUUUUGAUUUUUAUCUUCACAGACUCUGCCUCCCCACUUUUUCUCUGUGUGUUUGUCUUACAUGCAUUCCCCAAAGAGAAAGAGAAGAGAUGGCAGAGGCCGAGACACCGCUCUACGCCAAGAUCUUGAACAAGUACAAAAACAGAACGACCCAGUCCUUACUGGAGCCUCUUUUGGCCGCUGAGUUCCCUGUACACACAGCGUGAGUAUCUCUGGAGUUAAAUUGCCAUAAAGCCGUCUCUGAUCUGUUUGCAAAGUUUAAUCUGUAAACUAAAAGGCUGUGUGGAGCCAUCAACAUCACGGAACAUCCCCUUCUGUAUUGCAGCAAGCUCGGCCCUUGGGUUGGGUAUCACAAGAGACUUAUGGGUAUGCUUAGAUUUUCUUCGGCCAAACCUGUUGAAGGAGAUUAUUUGACAUAGUUUUACCAUAAAGUCAUGAUGUAUUGUAUUGACCAGUACGUUGCCGCUGCAUAUUGUUUCAGAUUUGCCACAGCAAGAGCUGUAAGGGAGCCUGAAACCCCAGAAUAGUUGGGGGUGUUUUUGUUUUUGUUUUUAUAUUGUGAUUUUAUGUUGUGAACUGCCCUGAGACCUGCACCUGCAGCUAAGCUCUCGACACAAUGUUUUAAAAAGAUAGGCCUUCCCUAGUGCCUUGCAAUGAGCUCCCUAAUCUAACUCAUGGUGCUUAGUCACAUCUCGUGGUGGCAUUUUGAGGGAGGCCUAGCUGGAGAUAACUUCCUCAUAAGCUGGAGCAGUAACCAUUUUUGACGUGACAUUGGAACAUUGAGAUGGAUGGAACAGCAGAAAGCAUAGAGCACCUUGCUAAUGACUAUGGUGGGCAUGUGAUGCACAUACAGUGGUACCUCGGGUGACAAACACUUCGGGUUACCAAUGCUUCAGGUUACAAACUCCGCUAACCCAGAUGUAGUACCUCGGGUUACAAACUUUGCCCCAGGAGGAGAACAGAAAUCACGUGCCGGUGGCGCAGUGGCAGCAGGAGGCCCCAUUAGCGAAAGCGCGCCUCAGGUUAAGAACCAUUUCGGGUUAAGAACGGACCUCCAGAGCGAAUUAAGUUUGUAACCCGAAGUACCAUUGUAAGUCCAUGCUGCUCACUUGAGAGAGGAUAGAAAUGUUUAGGGGAGUAUACCAUGCAAUUCACUUUUUUUUUUUAUGAUAGCGGCAGCCGUGCAAUAUGUUUCCGAAUUCUGGUUCCCAAAUGAGCUCUGUGUGUCAGAGUAGCUCAGAUUGAAUGCCCCAUUUGCUUGCUUUUAUUCUUUCCUACUGUACUGCCUAUAUUUAUAUGCUGUCAAAGCACUCAAGAUGGCUUACAGUUUAAAACAAUGGCUUGUGAUUUGAAAGACGUGAGAAAAAGGAACAGGAAAAGAAGUUACACACGUUCUGAAGUUACACAGUCAGGAUUUUCUUCUGAUCUCUUUUGAAACUUUGUGUCUCUAGUACUUGUGUUGCUGUGCUUAUUUCUCGUAUGAAUGGAGCUGUAUGAUCACACAUGAGCAGUGUUUUGCAUACACAACAUUCAACAUGGAAACAUUUUGCAGGCUUGCCACUUUUCAGUGAUCCUGGUAUGGUGUCUGUAAUGGUCAUCUGGCACGUAGAAAUUAAUCAGGUUAAAUAUUUCAGAGAGGUAAAGUGAUGGAGAAAGCUUCACCAGUUUAAUGUAUUCAUGUCAGGCUGCUUUUAAAGUCACAGGAACAAAACCAUGAAGAGAGGGAAGAGGAUGAGACCCAAAAAAGUGGGUGUAACAUUUAAGCAUAUAAGGCUGCAACAUUUAGUUGAUUAAAAAAUCUUCACAUAGAUUUAAAAGUUUCCCCAGUUAAACAGGAAAUAGAUUUUUAAACUUGAACUAUUUUUAACAUCAUUGCUUACCAAAGUAAACCACAACAGCACAGGAGAUGGAGAGUGUACCUGAGAAGAGGCACUGUCAUGUAUGCCUCUUUUAACCAAAACAAUGGGUGCUUCUUUCUUCAUAAUGAUAGUUGAGUCAUUGACAGAUUUGAGAGAAUGAAAGUAUUAUCGACUAGGGGCGAAUGAACUUGUUAAUUUUGAUUUUCUAAGUUUCUCAUUUUUCCAAUCUUAUAUUCAGUUCUCCACAUUUCUGCUGCAAUCUGCAAUUAUUAUUAUUAUCAUUUGCCAAAAAAGCCUAAUGAAUAUUCUUUAGCAUUUUACGGUGGUUUUCUAAUAAACCCAUGUUUGUAUAUAGUUUUGAUUAAUAUAUACAUUUUUGCAAGCCAUUUUCCCGAAUAGAAAGCAUUUUUGUUAUUUUUCACUAAUGUAUGUGGGUUGGUUGGUUGGUUGGUUGGUUGGUUGGUUGGUUUUUUCACAUUCCUCCCUAUUGUAUGCAUUUUAGUACAUAUUAUUUAGCUGGAGAACUUAAUCGUAACAUUCUGGGAACUAUGAAUUUUGAGAGAUACCUGUGUUUCAGAUUCUGUAUUGGUUCAAAAAGUGCAAAUUAGAUCGUCUCUUAUUAAAACAUGGAAUAAAUUGGAUUUCUCAUCCAUCUCUAUUAUCAAUUCACGAGACUGUUCCAACCUCCUGUCAGUGCAGCUGCCAAAGCCACAUACACACAACUUCACUGUCUCAGCAAAAGCCACAUUUAUCCAUUGUCAGCUUCUCUGUGGACUAGGGAUGGGGAAUAUGUGGCUCCCAAGAUGUUGUUGGACUACAACUCAAUCUUGCUUGACCAUUGCCCAUACUGGCUGGGGCAGAUGGGAGUCAGAGUCCUACAAAAUCUGGAGGCCUACAAAAGCACACCUUUCUGCAGCUGUUAUCCCAUUUGUGCUCAUCAUGUCUGUUUGGGGGGUUGCUGAAUCUCAUGGUUCUUUGUGUCUGGCAGGGUUGGAAUAGCAAAACUGAUCAGUUAAUGAAUCAAAACCCAUUAUGCCCAAUCAACUACAAUUUCUUUAUUCAGGUGAAAGUCCUGGUGUUUGGAAAGUGGAAAAUCGAACAACUUGUUAAAACACAAGAUAGGCAGCCAUAUUCUUGGUUUCAGAAUCUAAAUUUAGCCGAUGUAGUAAGUCAUUACGUUCAGAAAACUUUCCCACAGCCAAAUACCAGACGUGCAGCAUACUGUUCAAGUGUGAUUGUGGCCUUGUUUUCACAUAGUGGGUUCUUUGUACUUUCCUCAGGCUAAAAGCUUUGGCAGCUACUGGGCAAAAGUCAGCAGAAGAUGCCGCAAAGUGGUGAGUGUGCAAAAGCUGUAUUUCUCAAUGACAUGAAUUAGAAGGUAUUGUUCCAUCUUUUGUGUGUGUGUGGGGGGGGGGGUUUCCCACUAACACUGUAUCUGACAUUGUAGGAAAUGAUGCUACAAAAUCGCAGCAAACUCAAAUAUAUAUUUCAGCAAUGGAAUGAGAAAAUUCAGUAUGGCAGCAUGUUAGAUUUGCUAAUAAUAAUAAUAAUAAUAAUAAUAAUAGUAAAUUUUAUUUAUACCCCGCCCUCCCCGGCCAGAGCCGGGCCCAGGGCGGCUAACACCAGUAAACUUAUAGUAAAAACAUAAUAGGGGAAAAAACCAAUUUAAAAUACAGGUUAAAAUGCAAUUUAAAAUGCAGCCUCGUUUUAAAAGUAGCCCAUAGAUCAAAACCAUAAGGGGAGGGAAACAUAAGGGUCAGACCAAGUCCAAACCAAAGGCAAGGUGGAACAGCUCUGCCUUGCAGGCCCUGUGGAAAGAUGUCAAGUCCCGCAGGGCCCUAGUCUCUUGAGACAGAGCGUUCCACCAAGUCGGGGCCAGUACUGAAAAGGCCCUGGCCCUAGUUGAGACCAAUCUAACCACCUUAAGACCUGGGACCUCCAAAAUGUUGUCAUUUGUGGACCUUAAUCCCCUGACCCUGAGCCUUCUUCCCUUGGGGAUUCCCCAGCUGGUGCCUCCCACCAGUCCUCUGCAACCAGGCAGUGAAUGACUAUGGUGGCUGGCCUGUUAGGGCAAAUGGCGCUCUGCCCCACCAACCUCAAUCAGUUCCAGCCAGCAGUACAACCUCUUUUAGGAUGGCGGACACCACUCCAUCCUGCAAUGAAAUGUUUACCACACCCUGAGCCCAACUAGCCUUCACCACCUCUGCUGAAAAAAGAAAUUGGUGGGGAGUUUCCCCACCACUUUAAGAUCACAUCCUUCCUUUCUUCUUUGGCGAUCGCUCGUAGCUGAGUAAGAUUGUCUUCCGUAAACAUGGUUUUAAAAGUGAGUCCAUAAGUGACUGUGAGGCCAAUUCUGGAUCCACACGUCCUUCCACAGUGGGGACAUAGGUUUCCAGGCGGGAGUUGAUCAUGGUGAGGGUUUGUCAAGCGUGCAUUCCUCUUAGCGCAUUUCUCCCUUUCGUCCUGAGUUCGAGCGUCUUCAGAACCCAUGAUACCUUUGGUAAAGGCUGUUCUCUAACUGGAGCACUCGCAGGCCACUGUUUCCCACUUGUUGAUGUUUAUACUUCAUUUUUUAAGAUUUGCAUUGAGAGAGUCUUUGAAAGCCACUUCCGAGCUGGAGAGGAGGUGGGGUUGCGGGCCCACCCCCUCCCCAUGCACGUGGGGGCUGGCUCACAGCCCCCGCGAGAGCAGGGGAAUCCUCGGGCGCGUCACCGCCCCGGCCGGCCAAUCGGCGAGCUGGGGAAGCGUGGCCUAGUACAUUUUAGGCUGGCGCACCCGGGGACUUUCCUCUCUUCCCCGUUCUAGCUGCUUUGAUUUCCCAUCCCCCCCCCUUUAGGUUUAGCUAGCCCUGACCUUGCUAUGGACUCCGGUUGGUCGCCGCAAGGGGCCUGGUAGGAAUUUUUCCACUUGCCAAAUUUCUAGGCAUUUGGUUUUUUCACCUACCUCGUAGCAAACGUCACAACUACCCGGUAUUGGGGGUUAGGCAUUGGCAGGGGUAAUUGUUAUGCAAAUGAAGGGGGGAAAGAAGCACCAUCACCUUCUCCCAAAGCGAAGGGUAGUCCGGUAAAGGACUCUGGGGGGCGUUGCCCUGUCCAAAGCCUAUGGAGGUGUGGGCCUAAGGCACGCCCCCAAGCAGUGACACCUGGGGGAUCCUAGUUGGCGUACUUCAGCAGGACUCCCCCGGCUGGUGGUUAACCCUUCCCGGUCUCCAUGCCGGGUAGUCGAUAGGAACCAAUGCCUAAGGCCAAUACCUCUCAAUUCCUGUAAUCAAUAAAGUUGUGGCCUUUUUACGCCCAUUAACCUUAAAUAAUGUGUCCUGUGUCUUCAUUUCACAUGGGGGGAGGGGACUUGCCACGCAACCUCUUUUGUUGAACACCAGCAUUACGCUCACCAUUUUAAAGUUCGGAAUAGAGUAGUUGCUUUGGAAGACGAUAAUCAGGCAUCCGCACAACAUGGCCAGUCCUACAAAGUCGAUGUUGAAGAAUCAUUGCUUCAGUACUGGUGAUCUUCGCUUCUUCCAGUACACUGGCAUUAGUUCGCCUGUCUUCCCAGGUGAUGUGUAAAAUUUUUCGGAGACACCGUUGAUGGGAUCUUUCAAGGAGUUGGAGAUGUAGUUUACUGCUCACAGAGCUACAGUUCUCAGCAAUGUUAAAAAAUUAUGGUUUCCAGGAUUUGGGGGUGGAGAGCCAUAGUGUGGGUGCAACCUGUAUGUUAAAAAUGCCCUGCAUCAGGUCCGGCACAUACACGAGGAGAGGUGAAGCAGCUGCCUCAGGCAGCAGAAGCCCCCAAGGCAGUGUCCCUGCAAUUACUGCCAGAGGAGCAGUGCCAGCAUCUGUGCCAGUUUCUGAUGAGAUCACUUUGUACCACCAUUGCAGCCUAUGUACAUAAAGUGUGAAUCAGCUCUUGCAGAAGACCGUCAUAAGUUUAUCACUUCAUCUCUACAUUGUAGGUUGCAUUCUCACUGCAAUGAUCCCUCACUGGAAGACCCAAUCCCUCAGGAAUAUGCCCUCUAUUUGUGCCCGACGGGUGCUUUGAAUGACACACUGAUGGAAUUUUGGAAAGAAAGCAAAAACCAGUGUGGGAAAAACAAAGCCCAUGAAGUUUUCCCACACAUCACACUUUCUGAAUUCUUUACGGUGAGUGAACAAAGUAUUUAUUGUGCUGACAAUGACUGAAGUCUCUUGAUUUAAGUCAAGGGUCAGCCCCAGAACCUAUUUGCAGUGCUUGCCAUUUUUUAAUCCAUUUUUACUUGGUUGUGUGCCUUGUUCUCAUCAUCUUAAGUGUGCCAUUUCAUCUAUUUCCAGUGUUCAGGAAUGAGUGUUGUUGCUUGCUUAGCCAAAAAAAUACCACUGAUUUACAAGAGAAAGGUAUCAGACAACCUGGAGAAGCUCCAAAAUUUACAGAAGUGCCAAAAGAAAAAGAAAAAACCCUUUGGGUGGGGGACUCUAAAGGGAGGGGGCUAAAACUGGCUCAUAUGGAAUUAGCAUACUCAGUGACCCUGAAAGGUCAACUGAACAUUUUGAGAGCGUGUGGGAAAGCAGGUGGGUGGGUGACCAUAAUGGAGUCUUUUGGAAGAGGAAAUGGCUGGCUGAAACACUUCACUGCAGAGUUUUGUUGCAGAUCUCACUUGUAAAUGGUGCCUGUGGCAAGGGGGUCCAUUGAAAUCCUGUAACUGGUGGGUUUUAUUUCAGUGUGAAGACCAAAAAGUUGAUGGCUUGUACGAAGCCUUGAAAAGAGCAGGCGACAGGUUUUCUGGUUACUUCCCGGCAAUCAUUUCCUUAUCACUACACUCCUCCAGCACCUACAUUGGCUUCUUCGUUAGCGACGGCCCAGCAAAUGUCCUCAAGUCGUUUGCUGCAGCUUUUGCUUCAGAGGCUAUCGUCUUAGCAGGUAACUACUUUGACAAACCCGUUGUCAAAGUUUUCCCUGUUUCAUGUUGGCACACAUAAGCAGAGAAGCUGCCCUCUCCAUUUCAGUGUCACAAAAAGUUCUGCAUGAGUUUGCAUAUUGUACAGGUUGCCUUUUUUCUGACAUCAAGCAGCAUCAGGCAGCCCCUUCUUGUGUGUAGCUUUGUGAGUGCACUGGAGCCUGCACGUGUGUGACUGCUUGUGUGUACUAGGGCUGCAAUCCUACCCACUUACCUGGAAGUAAAUCCCAUUGAAUUCAGUAGGUAGACACCCAUAGGAUUGCACCAUAAAUUGGAGCUAUAAUGCAUUUUUCAAAAUGACUUUUUUCAGCAUAGUAAAAAAAAAUUAUAGAAUACAACUCUGGAAAUAAUAGAAUGAAAACUAAUUUCAUCCUUCAAUACUAUUUGACAGUUGUUGUUGUUGUUGUUGUUGUUGUUGUUGUUGUUGUAGAUUGCUGUGUAAAACCUUCAACAAAGCAGCUCCAUCUUACAUUGGCCAACAAAUUUUACCCUCACCAUCAAAAGACUUUGGAACAACUGGCGAAAUCGGUCAAUUCUAAGCAAAGCUGCCAGUGGACAGCAGUUCUGUAUUCCAGAGAUAUGCGCUUUGUACAUUACCAGGUGUGUACACUACAAGAUACUGAGGAUGUGCACUGAACACAAGGUUUUCCUUAUAUCUGUAUCUGUAGUUUUGGAAAGUAGCUUGAUCUGUUUUGGAUCCUCUCUGUGUCUUUCCAGUUCAAUUCAUUAUUUGGAAUCAAAUUAGAUCUGUUAAAAACAAAGUCCUACUACGACCCCCAAUUCAAUAUUAUGGGGUAUCUGAAAAUGGCUCUACUGCCCAUCCCCCAAUCACAGAAGUGGGUGAAAUUUGCAGGCACAGCAACCGUUUUUGAGUGGGUUAAUUGUAGGCAGAUACGUUCAGGGGUUUGAUUCAAAGCACCUCUAAAGUUUUAACAAUAGAAAAGCGUAUAACUUUUUUAUUUUAUUUUUAUUUUUUUAUUUUAUUUUUUUAUUUUUAUUUAUUUUUUUCUGUUAGUAGUGGAUGGAAUUCCAGCAAUGUUGCCCCAUCUGAGGAGAUGACACUUGCUGAAUUUCAGAUUAAUAGCUGCAGUUGUCCUCCUGCAAGUGCAGGCUUUACUCUUUCAGGUUGGGUACUAAAGGAAUAAUAGGAUGUAGAGAUGAGAAAGGGGCAUGGAUCCCCAGGAAAGACUAGGCUGGGUAAAGUGCAAUCCCUCAGGAAGGACUCUGUUAUUCCAAGAGGAAGAAAAUGUUUUGUUUAUUAUUAUGUUAGGUAUUUUGUGUUUUUAUACUAUAAGCUACCCUGUGGUCCUUGGAUGAGGGGCGGUAUAUAAAUUAAGUAAAUAAAUAAAUAAAUAAGGCUUGUUGGGGGAUGGGCUUCUGACACAAACCCUAGGAUUUGGAGGGAGAUAUCUCUAUUUACUUGCACAAAUCCACAUGAAACACAGACAGUGUUUAAUUCCCUCUUCCACAUUGCUGUGAUUUGAAUGUCUGGGGGAAAUAAUUCACUGUGUUUAAAAGCUAAACCUGUCCAUCAAAAUGAACUAUCUGUCACCUCUCCAACCCAUCUCCUCCCCUCUCAAGCUCUGAACAUUUCCCUAGUUUUGGUUUUCAUAUGUGCUUUUGGAUAGCUGAAGCCACUUGGAAGCUUAAAGAGUCCCCGAGUUAAAAGUGUGGUUCAACUCAGAAAUGUGAGAAGACUCUCUGAAUAAAUUAACACCCAUACUAGAUACCUUACUCUUUGAAAUUGGAAAAAACUUUCUGUGGGUGUUUAGUUGGUUAGAUAUAGAGUGCUAACCUUCGUGAUAAGCUUUUGGCAAUGCAUCACUUUAUUUUCAUUCACGAAACAGAAAUAUAUCCUUUCUUUUAGUCUGGCUAUGUGGCAUUCUACUCUGAAAAGUCAUUUUGCAUGCCAUGAAUUUUCUUGGAGAGCCCCAGAUCCCUUGCACAAAAGAGAGGCCUCAGGUUCCGAAAUUUCCCUGGUUUUGCUAACAGUGUUUAUGCCACGGUUUCUCAGACCACUGAUAGAUAUAGCGCUAGGGGUAGGUGAAAAGUUCAGUUCAGUUCAGUUCACAUUUAAGGGAAUUUGCACACAAUGUGUGAACCACAACACAAAUUUGCACUUCUCUGAAUUUUGCAAUGCAGUUCUCCUGCUAAGUAAAGUGUACAAAAUGCAUGUGUGUGUGUGUGUGUAAAUGUGUAUAUUACUGAAGGUAACAUUAAAAAAAAACCAUUGUAUUAGGGGAAAUUGCUUUUAAAACUGAUUUAUUAAGCAAAUGUGUGCAAAUCUAUGUAUUCUAGGAGAAUAUUGCACUAAAUUGCUGGUGAAUUUUCAUGAGCACUUUUUAAAAAAAAAUGCUAAUUGAUAUUGAAAUGUGGGGAAUUGAACUUAAUAUUUGGAAAACUGAGAUAAAUUAAAAAAUGACAUAUUCACCCAUCCCUGGUUUUUUUUUACUCCCACCUGUUUUUCUGAAUUAAAGCUGCACUUUAGCCUUAUACCAAAAAAGAUCUAUUUUUAGUGUGCAUUGAGUGAAUAUACAGAGAAGAAUAUAUGAAAGGCAGAAGCAGGUUGCUGUGUGGGGUAGAACCUCUAUGUUAGCUUCCUGGCAAAUGGACCAUUGUAGCUUACCAGGAGGGAAAGGGGUCAGGUGUCGGAGAGGUCAGUACAGUGCAAAUGCCCUGACAGAGGAACUGGAUUGGUUCUGUCAGUGCAUUUGCACUGCACCAACGACCUCAGCCCUCUCCGGUCCGGGAAACAAUAGUGACCCACCAGCUAGUGCAGCGGUUUCAUCCUUCUUGGUGAGUUGCUCAGCUGAAAAAGGCUUUUAACCUAUUUUGUGAUAAGCAGCUGUUUUCCAUGACACAUCAUACUAACAUAAUCAGAUAAUCGCAGUUAUACCAUGAACAGUAAACCAUGUGAGCUUCUCUUUCAUUGAGCCCUAAGGUUUCUCCUGUUACAAAUAUAAACUGAUUCAAUGUCUCAAAUAAAGUUGAAGCAGAUGUCAACAAUGUCUUCUUUUCCUGGAUCUGACAAAACGUAUCUCACAUUAUUGUUCUCCUCUUUAAAAAUAAAUAAAUAAUCAACUUCUCUUAGCUUUUGAGGGCCCUGUUCCAGUAUAAGCCUCAGAACAUUGAUGAACUGAUGCUGAAUGUUGGGGAUCUGGUUUAUGUUGACCGGGCACAGCAAACAGAAGUUUGUGAAGGCUGGGUGAUUGGCAUCUCCCACAGAACUGGGUGCCGGGGAUUUGUUCCUGAAAAUUACACAGAAAAAGCCAACGAGUCAGAUACCUGGGUCAAACACAGGUUAGUAUUACUGAGCUUCAGAUUUUUUUAUGGCAUAUGUGCAAACUAUUCCAUAUCAUUCUCCACUUGUAUAAGAGUUGAGUUGUUAUUACCCUUCACUUUUAGUUAUUAAAUCAACCCUGUGCAGAUUGAUCCCUGUAUAAUAGACAAUAAUGUAGUAUUCCACCAUGCUGCAUAAGUGCCAGAAAAGCUGCAUAAGUUCAGGAAUUAUUAGCAAAGCAGCCAAUGAAUAGAAAUGUGUCCAGACUUUGCAUCCCUUAUCUUUAGCAUGUCAGUGCAGAUUCAUACAGUCAUACAUCGGGUUGUGAAGCGCCACGUCUGUGCACGCGUGUGACGUGAUUCAGUGCUCCUGCGCAUGCACGUGACAUCAUUUUGUGCUUCUGCACAUGUGCGAGUGCCAAAUCCCGGAAGUAACCUGCUCCGGUACUUCUGUGUUCGGUGCGGUCCCCAACCCGAAAACGCACAACCUGCAGUGUUUGUAACCUGAGGUAUGACUGUAUAAUAGAAAUAAGGGCUAGUUCUGGAGUUGUGUUUCUUACCUAUUUUGUUAUUUUGGAGAUUUCCUGCAGCACCAAUAUCCAAAACAAUUGAACUUGGGGGCAUUCCCACCACAUGUGGAGGUAUGUGCCUAUGGAGGUGUAGCCUCUCCAACACUUAGAUGAGGUUUCUGGGUGUCAACAGUGCCAGCUUCCAUAGUGUAAGGUACCAUAUAUAGGUAAGUUUCAGACUGAGUAGUUCUCUUCAUUUGGCUAAGAUGGAUUUAAAUGGUGGUUUAGACCACAGUUUAGACCAUUGGGUAGGGUUCAUUUCGUAUCCUAUGUCAUACAUUGUCUUUCUAAGUGCUCUAGAAAUUAUCAAGUAUCAUCUCUCAAGGUGCCUUAGAAGCUAGCAUUCUUGCAAGUUAUUUGGAAGACUAGCUUUGUCUUACUAAGCACUCUAGAGGCUAGCAUUAUCUUUCUCAGACCUAGACACUAACACAGUUUUUCUAACAAGGUCCUUCUAACUCCCACACUCAGCUUGAAUAUUUGUAAAUAAACAGAUGUCACACAACCACCAUACAUCUCUAUAAAUCACAAAGAAAGUGGCACUUUAAGAGGCUGCCCUCUUUACCAUGUAAGAAAAUUGGGAACACAAUAUAGCAAAUACCCCUGGAAAUAUACAUUGGCUAUAUUCAAAGAUUAUCUGUUUCUACAAUCUGCCAUAUUGUCAUUUAGAGAACCCUUGUGGGCUCAACCUUCUUUGCAGAGAUCCGUGGGUUUGGUCAGCCUGGAGGUGGCCUUGAUGUCACAUAGUGUGGACUUUGUGUUUGGUUUCAAAAAGAAGCAGGAGCCUGGAUUUCUCCACUAUUUUAUUAUCCCUCUCAGUCAUUGGCAUCCAACUUUCUUUUACAGAGAAUAUAUGUUCACUCUGCAUUCUAAGAAUAAAAAUGAGUCUUGCAAUAAACUGAAAAACCCAAAUCCUUUGCCAAGAAAUGCAGGCAAAACACUUCCUCUUCAGGUAACUGGCUUUUGAAUGUCUUCAUCCUAUGGAGUGUGCAUGAAUGAUAGUGUAAGAAAAGCUGCUGUACAAAAUAGGUUUGCGCAAGUAACAUUUUAUACAGUUUUGGGGUUUCACCAUCACAUGAAGUGUAACAUUAAGAAACCUUCCCAGGCAGAAGGAUUUCUGUUUUCAGAAGUAAACCAGCUUUCAAAACCUUGGGGAAGAGAUAGGGAACCUGUGGCCCUCUGGGCGCUGUUGGACCUCAAUUCCCAUCACCCCAGACAGCAUGGCUGAUGGUCAGGGGUGAUGGGAGCUGUAGUUCAACAUCUGGAGCGUCGCAGGCUUCCUAUCCCUGCCUCAGGGCUCUCUUAUACAUUAUAUUCAGAUCUCCACAAGGCAAGCAGUUAUUGUAGUCGGCGUGCGAAAGCAUGUUGCUUUAAUAGACUGUUUUGUACUCCUAGACUACGUCGUCUUUUGGUGGAUUUAUCAUAAAAGCAACCCCAAAUUCAGAAUGGAGAAAAAUAAUCGGCAUUGUGAGAAUCUCAACUAUCCAGCAUAUCUAGCUAUGUUACAACCACUAGCCGUGAUAGCUAAAUGUGAACAUCAUGUUCAGAGGCACCAUGCAUCUCACCCUAUUUGUGAGCCUCUUAGAAGCAGCUGGUUAAAUUCUGCUGGGGACAAAAUGUGGUUCCCCCCAGAUGUUGUUGGAUUCCAACUACCAUCAACCAAAACCAGCAUGGCCAAUGGCCGGGAAUGAUGAGAGUUGUAUUCCCCAGCAACUAGAUGCCCACAGAUUCCCCAGUCCUGCUACACUAUAUAGACCAGACUUUGUUUUGAUUUAACAUGGAAAUUCCUACAUUCUUACCACGAUCUGAACUUGCACCAUUUGUCCUAGUGACAAGAGUGUCAAUGUCACUGGUUGAUGCACUUAAAACUUAUAGAAGUGCCAUUUUGUAGAGGCCAUGCCAGUGCAGCAUGGUGCGAAUAAUACUUCUGCUCAUUUAAACUUCUUGUUAUCUAAAAGUUUCUGUCAUUUUAAUGAGCAGAGUUGUAAUGCAAUUUCUUCCAGCUCCCUGGGAAAAGCACAGUCCCAAGAGGCCUCUUGAUUAUUCGCCACGGAGAAAGGGUAGAUCAAGUGUUUGGGAAGUCUUGGCUCCAGCAGUGUUUUGAUGCAGAUGGUAAGUAGAAGGUUGGGGAUCUGAUACAGCAGAUUUGACCUAAAGCAAUGUAUCAUAUUAACAGUAAUGAACAAACAAAAAUGAUUAGCCCAUCUGCUCCCUGGAAACCCUGUUGAGAAUGGAAAUGAUCUCUCUGUGAGUUCCCAAGUUGCCUUGAGUUUGAAAUGGGUUCAUCAUAAAUUAAUAAAGCAGCAUUUUCAGGGGCUGUGCAACUUAUGCAUCAGACUCUAAAAUCAGUAAAAGUAGGCCAAGAUAGGGUCUGGAAAUCAAGCCUUAUGAGGAACAGUUGAAGGAGCUGGGUAUUUUAGCCUGAGGCGAUAUCCGAUAGCCAUCUUCAAAUAUCUAAAGUGUUGUCACAUGGAAGAUGGAGCAAGCUUGUUUUCUCCUGCUCUGGAGGGUAGGACUUGAACCAAUGGAUUCAAGUUACAAGAAAGGAGAUUCCGACUUAACAUCAGGAACAUUUUCUGACAGUGAGGGCUUUUCAACAAUGGAAUGAGCUCCCUCAGAAGGUUGUGGACUCUCCUUCAUUGGAGGUUUUUAAGCAUAGGUAGCGUGGCCACGUGUCAUGGAUGCUUUAGUUGAGAUUUGUGCAUUGCAGGGGGUUAGCCUAGAUGACCCUUGGGGUCUCAUCCAACUCUACAAUUCUAUGAUUCUAUGACUCUAUUGGAUGGGUGGGGAAUUGAGAUUGUAAUAGUGGUGGCAUCCUAAGGACACCUAGGCCAUAAUGGAUUAAAAGCAAACCUAAGCGAAAUAAAAUUAGAUUUGCUGUGGAUGUUCUGGCAUUAGUUGUAAAAGCAUUCUGAAUUUGUUCCAGGAAAAUAUCAUCGAGCUGACCUCAAUUACCCCACCAGUCUACCAAAUCGAAAAGAUAGCAUCAAGAACUUUGAAUAUGAUCCUCCUUUAUCAUGUUGUGGUAUUUUCCAGUCUAGACUAAUAGGUAAGCUAAACAGAAGUUGGGACAACAGAAAGAAGGGCUUGGUGGUUCAGAUUUUCCAUAGUCAAUCAGAGACCAUGCUGGAGUAGCUUUCCAGAACUGUAAGCUGGACGUGGUAUCUCACGAUGAAGGUAUCCAGCCACAAUGAGCUUGUCCACCAUAACAGCAUUUAAGUCCAGUUCAUAUUGGAUAACACAGGUGUCCUCAAUCCAUGAUCUCAUUCUCAUUAAUGACAGCAAAGUUUCUCACCAGAAAUUAGCAUCUCGUUUAACCAGAAGCCUGCAUGAACCAAACUUUGGUCAAAACUUAAACAAGCAACUACUUCUUGGCAACACUACCAGAUGUAUCUGGGUGCCUUUUGCCGAACAGGUGGAAGAUCUUGGUCACGGAGAAGGGCGUUGCUCAGGGCUGGCCAAAGAUAUAUUGAGGCAAAGGACAAGAUGCCCACCUAAGUUCAGCACUGGUGAUGGGAAAGUGUUCUCCACUUUAACUGAAGGCUUCAAGCUAGCUUAGGCAAGCACAGGACCUGGCGUGGUACACACAGCUUUCUCCUCCAACUGAGGGAAAUGGCUGGGGGGCUCGGGAGGAAUGGCCUGGGGCUGCUGACCAGCUUUUAAGGCUGAGAAUGACCACCUCAUUCUAUGUAAUAAUGGUAAGGGCAGCAAUGAAUUACUGGAUAAUAUAGCACUCUAUGAAGCGCUUGUGUGGGCCAUGGAACUUCCAUUUAAUUUUACUUUCAGCUUACUUUUGGAAGAGCAAAAACAUAGCAGCUCACAAGGGCUGUAAUGUGGGGCAACACUAGUAGAAAGACAAACAGUAACUCAGAGUUAAACAGAAAUAGGUGUGAAUAUAUUUCAGGCAAUAAAAUGGCACCCUUUACAGAAUUGUUUAAUGAGAAUCAUAAAUUUCGACCCAGUUUCCACAAAGACUCUAGUCUUCUUCAUUGCUUCUUAAUUCAAAAAGUAUCCCUUGUGAGUCCAUCCAUUUCAAUUGUAUAUUAGAACACAAAACAAUUUGUGUUUUGGAAUGAAAGCCCCCCACCCACAAUCCAUAUAAACAUGCUUUGCACCCAUAUUUUCUUUUUGUGAAGGAUUUUUUUGUGCUUCUUUAUUCUCAGGAGAAGCCCUGCUUGAGAAGGAAGUGAUAGUUAGCUGUGUCUACUCUUCCCCAGCACUACGCUGUAUCCAAACUUCUCAAUAUGUAUUAGAAGGUAAGUGACCCUUUCUGAAAGAAAGGAUGUAUGGAACCAAUCAAGGCUGAAGUGGUGUGCUGGCGUCUUAAUUAUUUUUAAGGAGAAGCAUUUUCUCAGGGCCAGUUCUACCACUAGGCAAAGUGAGAAAGCCAGUUCAGGCAGUUGAUUUGGUUGUUCUGUUAGGCUAUAUGCACACCAUACAUUAUGGUUACCAGGCUUCCCUGUUUCACCAGGACAGUCCCCGGAUUUACAAAUAUCUGUCCCCAGACAAAAUCCGUCCCCGGAAUGUCCCCGGAUUUCAUUUAAUGUCCCCAGAUUUAUAUUUUAAGUGUUGUAGAUUUAUUAGUAGGGAAUGAAUGUUGUGUGAUUGGUUCAAUGGCACAAGACACCUCAUAUGGGGGCUUCUGGCGAGGCAAAAUGGUGGGCACCACGGCAGUGGGCAACUCCUGAAGCCAGCAAGAGCCAACUGCGCUACCAUGCUGGCUCCGGGCUGCUGAGACGACUGCCGCCACUGCCGCCACUGCCGAGGGGGACCUGGGAUGCCCAGCGUGUCAACUGAGGGAACCACUGACACACACACACACCCCGUGACCCAAAUUGAGCUGGGAACAAGAGCGCCUGGCCACCCCAGCCGACUGCCCAGCUGCUCUCCGGGGCUAGGAAAACCCCGGAGCUGAUGCAGGGAGAAGGAGGAGAAGAGAAGGAGAAGGAAGAGAGAGAAAGAGGAAGGAGAAAAAAGAGGGGAGCCCCAACCUUGCCACCACUGAAGAGGAGAGGUAGGAGAGCACCGGGAGGGCAAGGACACGUGGCUGAUCCCAGCCCGACCUGAGGGAGAGAAACAGACAGACAAACAAAAUAAUUAACUUCUGGGACAUUACUUAUUCCAGAUCACACCACAUAAGACUUUUCCUAAGACUUUUUGAAAUGUUUAUUGAAUGCAAGAUUUGGUCUUAAACAGGUUCUAUAUGCUUUUCUUUGUUAUAAUAUCGGCUUUCAUUAUUGCAGGGCUUCAAAUGGAACAAAAAGCCAAGAUUUGUAUAGAACCUGGACUCUUUGAAUGGACUAAAUGGGAGAUAAGCACAGUUGUUCCCUCUUUUAUGACACAGAGAGAAUUGACAGAGGCCAAUUACAGUAUAGAUACCACAUACAGGUAAGUGCUACAGUUACAGAAACCCAGUUAGCAUAUAAUACUAAGCCAAACCAUGGCUUAGCGCAAAUGGGUAAAUGUACAGGUUUCACUGUACUACUUCCCCCAGUCCUGUUGCUGCCAAGCUGCUCGUGGCCAAGCCAUAGUUUGGCUUAGUGUUCUGCCUGAACCUCCACCAGCCGAACCACAAGUGGGAAACCAAGAACAAACCUUGGUUACAGCUCACGGUUCCUCUGGAGUGAGACAAACCAUGAGCAUGUUUCCAGAAUGGUGCCUAAAUGUUAUGAUGUGAGUGACUACCCAGUGCUGAACAAAACACUUCUCUUUAUGGUCAUCAGAAUUAACAUAAUGUAGCAAGUGUGUUCUUAUUCACUCAGGUAGGAUAGUCUCUAUUCAUUGUCAGAUGUAGUAUUAAUCAUUUAAUACUACAGUCGGGAAUUAGAUGGGAGUACUGCAAGCCAACUUCUAAGAAAUUCAGCCCAAUUCUAUUUGCUCCUGUUGUCAUUAUGGUUUAGUGGCCACUACAACAUCCUGUGAAAGGCAGACCUGGAAAUGAUGAUUCACUUAUCUCUGCAAGUGUGGAGUAAUUCCUUUGCUUGUGUUCCUUGCUAGAGAAAAGGCUGUGCUAGUGCUAGAAGCUGAGGGCCCACAUUUGUGUUGUUGGCCUUAGGACUGGAGCAAGAGAAGAAAACCCAUUCCUUGCUUCUGCCCAACAGAAAGCCAAUUGUUGGCUGAUAAACAUUAAAGUUGCCUUUAUGCCUUGCUUAUGUACUUUCCGAAUGCAUCUAGAUGGUAACUGCUGGAAACAGAAUUUUAGAUGAAUAAGAUCAUUGGUCUGAUCCAGCAGGGCUGUUCUUAAAUUCUUAAGUCCUAUGUGUCUAAGUGAUGCCCUUAUUUAUUUAACUUAUUUAUUAUUUAGCAAAAUGUCUACAGAGUAUCCCUUAACUGUAAGAAAAUCUAUAAGCUGCUGCUGAAUAGGCAGCACCAGUGGCUGGAACAAGCAAGUGGUAUGGUGUAAGGGGAGGUCAUUGAAUCAAGGAGACAGAGUCUUCUUGGGCUUGGGCACCUAAGGCCAACUCUGUGCUCUGUUACAGUAUGCAGACAAGAGCGUAGAAAUAAGCUCUUCCAGUGCAAUAAACCAAUGCCUCUUUUAAUGAGCUAGACAGCAGAAGGGAAGUGUAGUCUUGUCUCCAUUGCAACUAGGGUUUGGGGGGAGAGGGGCAGGAGAAAACUGAGCUCUCUUAAAUCAAUGAGGUUGAUAAUACAGCCGUUAUAGUGUAUAAUGUUGUCAUAUUAUCUAUGACUAAGCUUUAUUUGCCCAAGGCCCAUGUUAUCUCUUACGCAGCCAAUACUCUCUCAUGUAUGUACUCUAAGGCAGACACGUAGACACAGGCACACUGUGUCCCCCACCUCCCAGCUGCCCCAUGCCCCCUUCCAUUCACUGAAUGAUCAAACUGAAGAUCAAGGAGGGGGUGAUUUGCAUCCCCAUCCAAGCACUGGGCCUCACUUAUCCUAGCACAGUGUGUACUUUCUAUUAUUUUCAUUUUGCCACUGCUGCUAAAAUUGGCAAGGUCUUUAGAGAGGCAAGAAAAAAUGGCUCGGGGAUCCAGAUCAGACCCCCCCCCCAAACUACCCUUGAUCUAGGCUAGUUGCAGAAUAUAUCAAAGUAAAGGUAACACAUUUUAAAACGAAAUACAUAACAAGCAAGUGUUGGGGAAGAAUCAAGAGCAGUCGCUGCUAGUGCAAUGAUGGGUGUUGGUGGAGAUACUUUAGAAGCAAAGCAGCUUAGAUUCUAUGAUUAAUCACAUUUCUGAACAAUAAUACCAUAUAUUAUAGGUACAAAAAGUUUGCAUACUUUGUAAGAAGUAAUUAUUCUUGCACUUUCAUCAACCGUGCUUAGUCUUCUCUUUCUUAACCCUCUGUGGCAAUGGAGUUCUGUGGUUCAGUGCAGUUUGCAAAACCUCAAACAGAACAGGAAACAAUAACGAGCACAGGAUCGAUUGUAGCCUCGUAGCUUCCUCUUGGAGUCCUUUUGGCAAAAGGCUGCGGUGAAUGAUUCAACUGUGGAAAUUGUUCAGCUGAUAAAAAAAAUGACUUGGGCUGACCAUGUGUGUGCUCUGGGAGGGGGUGGGAAAACAACUCUUAUCUGUUUGUUGUAUGACUCAGCACAGAACAACAUCCUCAGCUUUAAAGGGAGUUGUUAGCAAAAUCAUCCCCCCUCCCCUUUUAUCAAAAGUAGUUUUACAACAAUGUUACUUUCCAACCCUGGGCACCUUGGAAGGAUAGAAAAUUAAUUAAGAAAACAAAAUAAUAUAAAUAUUAUAUAUUAUAUAUAAAUAUAUAAAUCUUAUAGAGGGGUUUUAGGGGGGCACAAAUCCAAAACAACUUCUAUACUUCAGUGACCUCAGGGCAGCCGGGGCAUGUUUUGCUCAUCAAAUCCCUAAGGCUGCGAGGAAGGCUUGCUGGAAAAAUACUUUUCUUUGUUGUUUGUUCCCCUUAUCAAAUCAAUCCAUUUAUUACCACCAAUAGACCAAAACACUGGAACCUCAGAGAAAAACAGAUUCAAAAGGGUAACAUAAAAACUUUUAUAUAAAGCUACAAUAAUUUCAAGCUAGUCCCUGAAGAUGCUGUUUCAGAUGUUGGGUAUUUCUCUUGUUCUCACCACUACUGAUAGAAAUUUAGGCACUAACAGCAAUACUUUGGGGGUUUUUAUCUUCCAUCAAAUCCAUUACAAAACAGAAGGACGUGUUCUAUAGAUUCUACCCCUUGAUUAUAAAGGGGCUUCCCUUUAUAACUGCUGAUCAGCUACAUCAAGUCUCUUUCAAAGGUGCUGAAAGUGCCUCUUAAAGGAGGUUGCUGUUACUGCCAGUCACCUUAGUAGCUACAGCAAACUCCUUUGACUUUUGGCAGGUAUCAUUCACCUGACAUCAUGAUGAUAUCAGGUGAGUGGUUCUGCCUACCUGUCAAAGUUGUCCCAUACAGGGUUGGGGGAGAUAAGGAUCUGGCCCACUGGUGAAAUACGGUUCCCCACUCAUGCUAUAAAUGAACAAUUUCCUAAAACCAUCAAGCAGGUUAAGUGAUGGAGCCUGGAAUGGCAUUCAAAUGUUCCAAGCCUAACAUUUCCUUUGAGCCAACGAAUAUUAACCAAGUGGAUUUUGUUAACAGGUGUCAUUUUCCUCUUUCUUCUCUGAUGGCAUCCGAAAGCUAUGAGGACUACGUGAACAGAUGCUCUGCAAGUAUAAAACAGAUUGUCGGCUCCUGUGCAACCGAAGGUAACUCUAUGGUAACUCUUGAUUUCAUUGCUUUGAAUCUUCAAGGACAGAAUCACAAGCACAAGUUUGCUAUUUAAAAAAUGCCUUUAUGGCAGCCAAAAUAUAGGCGGGCUAGAACAUAUGCAGACUUGAAGGUUCUCAAGCACCACUAGUACUUCUUCAGGGGUGGGAAAACCCUACCAGAUGAGCGGGGUAUAAAUAAAUCAUCAUCAUCAUCAUCAUCAUCAUCAUCUCAGUCUAAAGGCCGCAUUCCUUUCUCAGCAACCUUCCAGGAGCCACGUGUUGGUUUCUGCUUUCCUUCACUGUGCAGCUCUACUUGUCACGAGACAGGUGUUUACAUUCCACAGUCUGUACUGUUGGAGUUUCUCACGGGAAAGGGAGACUGGAUGUGACGUACACUGGUUUCCUGUUUUUCACUGUGUGAUUCUCUCCGAGCUGUCGAGGAGAGAGGAUGCAUUUUCUGCUCCUGCAGAGGCAAGAUGUCUUUCUGUAAUAUACCAGCUUUGAACUGUAAAUAAAGCAAUAUAGAGUAUGUAGCACGUAUUGCUCAUCCUUCCGCUGGGCACGACAGACUCUGCUUGGCAAUGGUGGGAGGGGCCAGAGGCAAAAAUGAGCAGAGCAAUGAAUGUAAAUUUUACCUUUCCACUGUAGGCUAGUUUCUACACACACUCCUCAUACAGCCCUCUUUAGCCUUCAUCCAGGCAAGCAAGGGCCACUGCUUGAACGCAAGGGCACAUUCCAGCCUGGCAAAAGCACACAAAGAGGUGCAAAGUAGUGCAAGUGAGAUGGGAGGCUUGGGGAGAGUCCAAAGGGAAAUGUGGAAGGCUGCAUUUGUCCUCCUGCAGCACUGAAGUCCCGUCCCCCCCGCACUACUUUAAUAAACUAUUCUAAGGAGAUCCCUUUCUAACAAUAGGCACCAUCCUGGUUGUUGGCCAUGGCUCAUCUCUAGAUUCCCUCACUCGACCAUUACUGGGUCUUCCUGCCAGAAAGAGCGGUGACUUUCCCCAGUUCAUUCGAAAGGUAAGGCUCUCUCUUAUCUAUUGCAUUUAUAGCCCACCUUUUUAUCCAAGGAGCUCAAGGUGGCAUUUGUGGUUUUCCCUCCCCUCGUUUAAUCCCUACAACAACCCUGUGAAGCGGUUAGGUUGAGAGGCAGGGACUUGUCCAAGCUCACCCCGUGAGCUUCAAGGCCAAGUGGGGAUCUGAACCCCGGUCUACCAGGUCAUUUCCCAACAUUCCAACCACACUGGCUUUAAAUAACUUGGUUGUUCAGGCUUGUUUGCCCCUAUUAUGUGCAUAAUCAUCAGAGAUUAAGACUUUUCUUGCCAUAAGGACCAUAGCAGAGAACAUCAGUGGCAGAGAACAUCCUUUGCAAUGCAGGUUGUCCAGGAUUCAAUCCCUGGCAUCUCAGGGAAGGGCUGGGAAACCUACCCCACCCCCCAAGAUCCUGGAGAAUCAUUGCCAGUGAGAGUACUGGGUUAGAAGAACCAGUGGUCGGAUUCUGUACAAAGCAGUUUCCUGCCUUUCUGCUCUGCAUUCACAAUGUUCACAAAAUGUUCGCUCUUAGAAACAGAAGAAACUGCCUUGUGCCAAAUCAGACUGGUUGCUCGCCUAACAAUAUUUAUUUAUUUAUUUAUUAAAAUUUAGACACCGCUUGGUUGUGAAAACAAAACAAAAUCUCAAAGGGGUUUACAAAAAGAUAAAACAAUAAAAUGGGGGGGGAUUAAUAACUGUACCUUAAAACAUACAAGUAUUAAAACAGAUUAAAAUUACCUCAGCUUUCUAAGCAUUUGUGUGGGCUUGUCUAAAGAAGAAUGUUUUUAGCAGGCACCGAAAAGAGUUCAGUGAAGGUGUCUGUUUGAUGUCAAUAGGCAGGGGGUUCCAAAGGGCAGGUGGUGCAACACUAAACAAUAAAGUUCUUACAAAUGUGGAAUGGGUAUUAUGUGGCACCUGUAGUGGUGCCAGUUCCGUCGAUCGAAGCAGUUGAGUGUACACAUGUGGGUAACAAAACAACAGGAUUUCAGGCAGAAGUCAGUCAUUACCCUCGCUUGAUACCUAAUCCUUUUAAUUUGCAGUCAAGUGAACUAUGCUUUCCCCCUUACCCUUGAAAAUUACUAGAAUUUGGCUGACAAUAUCCUUUGUGCUGUUAGUGAAGAAAGAGGGACCCACAGCAUAAUUAUCAGCUCCUCUGAGCCACUUUAUGCUGCUUAAAUAACCUUCACUCCUUCAAGCCCUUGUGAGCUAUUAUUUGUUGCUUUUAAACGUCUCGAGUGACUUGCCCCUAACACUCUUGGAUAAUGAAAACUAUUCAGUUACCUCAUGGUGGUGUUGGCUUAUAUGGGGUAACUUCCUUUCUUGCCCUAAAAAAACCCCAUCUUGAAAUCUUUUCUGCUUUACUAGAUUCCUUCACUGGGCAUGUGUUUCUGUGAAGAGCUUAAAGAAGAGAAGAAAUGGCAAAUGAUGAAGCCACCAGUCAAGAUGUUAACCCAUGGAGCAAAUGCUCCAUUCAGUUGGAAGCACAACCUUCCGGAUCAUUAAGCAAUGUUCACUCAAAUUGUGGAUUUGUAUUUUUCUGAUUCAACAGAAUCUCGCUGUUAUUUCAAAACCUUGCUCUGCAGGCUGUUUCUUGGUCACAGCAAAAUAAUGGAAUGGAACUUGGGAACUGGCUUUUACAUUUUACGUGAAAUGCAUUUAUGGUUUUUUGGUUUUGUUUCCAUCUUUCUUCAACCGAGAAAUAAAAUCCACACAUUUCACUUUUAACUGCAUUUCUACUGUAAUAAAGAGGCGUGGAAUUUCCUCUGAUUCCCACACUUGCUUCCAUCAAAUAACUGCA